UGCAAUGUGAGCUAUUAUAAUCCAGGAAAAAGAAAAAGAAAAAAAAUUCAUCAAAAGUUCGAGGUUUUUCGAAGUGCCGGGCUAAUUAAAACAGUUGAUCAACGUUUUACAAUGAUAACUAUGGAAGACGUCUUAACAAAGCGUCCACAUUUUCGGUUGAAAGUUGAUCUUUCUAAGUUUUUCCAUGAUGCACGUCGGUCCUGCUGGAUCUUCGUCGAUGGAAUGAAAAUUCAGCAGAUUAAUCAUUUGAAGCAACAUGUUAGUAAACUGUUCAAUAUUGCGGAACCAUUCCAUUUGUUGCUGAAUGACACCGAAUAUCUACCGCCAAUUGAGGAUGUGAGAAUACUUAAGGAGAAUGAGACAAUUCUAGUAGUUCCUGGAUCUGGAAUAAAUAACGAAGCUCUGGCUGUUGUAGAAACUAACCAUGUUUCUAUAUUUGAUAAGCAGGCCCUGCAUACAGUAACAAGUAUUAAAACAGGAAAACAGGAAAUAGUUGCACAAAAUACAUUUAACGAUACCUUGAAUAAUAUACAACCAACUUCAAUAAAUAAUACCACAAAAGAUAUGACAUUCUAUAGUGUAAUCAGUGAUACGGUAGUUAAUUGUAGUGAAGGGGAUACAGAUUCUAAAACUACAGAUAAUUUAACAGAGAAUUAUAAUAAUGAUAUAGAUUCAAUUGUAUCUAUUACAAAAAGGAAAAGAGUGCGAAAACGAAAAUCAAAAAAUCGAUCUCAGUUUAUUGUAUCGCCUUCUGAUAGAAUUGAAGAAAACAUAUCAAAAGAGUUAAAGUUAAAGAAACCAAAAAUAAUAGAUUCCUAUAUUAUUCCACCGGGAAAACAUAUACGAUUUGAUAAUAUAGAAAAUGAUGAACAUAAUAUUGCAAGACAAAUAGCAGUACAAGAAGCAUCUAGAAAUCAUUCUUACUUAAACGAAACAUCGUCUUCUAGAGAUCUUUCUACACUUUUAGCAUUAGGACAAAGCUCAACGCCAAUAACCUUUAUAAAUAAAAAAUUAAAAAACGAAGUUAAAACGGAAAAUGUAUUAAAUGAUGAGACAACAAGCAAAAAUUUAAACAAAAUUAUGGAAGAUAGUACAGAAAAAAAUUUAUGUAAUAAAGAAUCUAAGAAGGAAAUACAAAGUUAUAAAAAUUUAUAUGCUGAUCUAGAAAAGGUUCCAAUAAUGACUAGAAAACCGCAAGUUAAUGAUAUUAUUGCUUUCAAAACUUUAAAGAUUGGUACAGAUUACACGCCUCAGGUGUCUAAUCAUGUUCUGGCUGAAGUAGUAGCUUGCGUACAGUCGGGAAAUUAUACUCUUCGAAUACUCCAUGGUAAAGAGGAAAUUCAGGAAGUGCCAUUCGGGAAGUUCUCUCUCUUAGAAGAAGAAUCUAAAAGUCAAUCUGAUGGAGAAAUACUUACACUUAAUUAUUCACAGAUGAUAGAACCACGCCUAAUUUAGUAAUCUUUUAUUUUAUGAAUAUUUGUUCCUAUAUUUUAUUUUCAUUCUGUUUA